GACAGAUUCGCAAGGGACGGAAAGCCGUAGAAAGGAUGGGCGGGAGCUCGUGGGACGGAGGUGGGGGUAGCGAAUGGAGAGUCCCCCAAAAGCUCGGAAGCCCGAUGGAAAGUCGUGCCCGGUUGCUGCGAUCCUCGGUGUUUAGGUGGUGCCAUCUCCAUAAUAACUCACCUUUUACCCCGUCUCCUCUUCUCUUCAGAACCCCCCCCUACUGUUUUCCCUCCUGUCUUCUCCUCUCUUCUCAAUUACCGUCGAACGAGUAGCAACACCGAACAAAAGUUGUCUUUGAACUCGUCAAGAGACCUGUCCCCUUCCCCUUCUUAUAUCCAGACCAACUCAAAUAAAUCAGACACAAUGGUCAAGGCUGUUGCCGUCGUCCGUGGUGACUCCAAGGUCACUGGCACCGUCAUCUUCGAGCAGGAGUCCGAGUCGGCCCCUACCAAGGUCACUUGGGACAUCAGCGGCCAGGACCCCAACGCGAAGCGUGGCAUGCAUAUCCACACCUUCGGCGACAACACGAACGGCUGCACAUCGGCCGGCCCUCACUUCAACCCCCACGGCAAGCAGCACGGUGCCCCUAGCGACGAGAACCGCCAUGUUGGUGACCUUGGCAACAUUGAGACCGAUGCUCAGGGCAACUCCAAGGGCGAGGUUACAGACUCUUUGAUCAAGCUGAUCGGUCCCGAGAGCGUCAUCGGCCGCACCGUUGUUGUUCACGCCGGCACCGACGAUCUUGGCAAGGGUGACACCGAGGAGUCGCUCAAGACAGGCAAUGCUGGCCCUCGCCCUGCUUGCGGUGUCAUCGGCAUCUCCAGCUAAAUCGACCCAAGCCUCCCUGGACCAAGGACAGCUCGGAAUGACCUGGAAAACUGCCAGGACUAAGCAUGGAUGCCCGGGGUCGUUGAUUUUGAACUACUCGG